AUGCUGAUAGCAGGAUCAGAUGUCAAGGAGAUCGAGAGGCUCAAGGAUCAGCUAUCAAGGAGAUUUGAUAUUAAGGAUCUAGGAGAAGCGAGACAGAUAUUGGGUAUGAAUAUCACGAGGGACAGGAAUGCUGGUAAACUUUGGCUUUCUCAAUCUGAUUAUAUUGAGAAGGUGUUGUGCAGAUUCAAAAUGGAUACUGCAAAGCCGGUUGGAGUACCAUUGGGAAGCCAGUUCAAGUUGUCCAACAAGGAUUCGCCCAAGGAUGACUCUGAAAAAGAAAGAAUGAGAGUUACACCGUAUGCUUCGGCCAUCGGGAGCCUAAUGUACGCUAUGGUCUGCACCCGACUAGACAUAGCACAUGCAGUGGGAGUAGUCAGUCGGUUCAUGAGAAAUCCUGGAGUGAUGCACUGGGAGGCGGUAAAGUGGAUCCUUAGGUACCUGAGGGGUACUAAAGACCGGGCAUUGGUAUUUGGCAGGAGUACCCUUACCCUGUCUGGGUUUGUUGAUGCUGAUUUUGCAGGAAGUGAUCUUGAUAAGAGGAGGAGUACUACUGGGUACGUGUUCACUUACGGCGGGACGGCUGUAUCCUGGAUCUCAAAGCUGCAGAAGAUAGUCACAUUGUCCACAACGAAAGCUGAGUACGUGGCAGUGACGGAGGCAGCCAAAGAGCUUGUUUGGCUGCAAAACUUCCUGAAUGAACUCGGGAGACCUCAAGAGGAUGUGGCUCUAUACAGCGAUAGCCAGAGUGCAAUCCAUCUGGAAAAGAACCCCGUGUUUCACUCGCGAACGAAGCACAUCGAGGUUAAGUAUCAUUUCAUCCGGCAACUUCUAGAGAAGAAGGUGUUGCAACUGAAAAAGGUUCCGGGAGAGAGAAAUCCUGCAGACAUGUUGACCAAGGCGGAUUCAGCUUUGGAUGCUGCACAUGUGAAGCAAAUGUCAAAUUGUGGCUGCUGA